UUGUAAACCAUAGUAGAAUUUUUGUGGUAGUUCACUGUUAAUGUAAACAUACGUACUUGGUGCAUAAUAUCAACAAUACUUAUUUCUGUAAUAAAUUUUGCAAUGAAGCGUAAGAGUGGUCGAAAAGUACAUAAAUCAGAAGAUGAUACUAAUGGUAGAGAAGAAAAAUUUGACGAGAAUGGUGGCGCUACAGAUGAAGCAGGGGAGGAGAAUAUCGAAGUGGAACCUAAGGACAGAAAACGAAAAUCUUCAAAAUCGAGUAAAAAAAAUGUUUCAUUUCCCUCUAAAAAAUAUGAAACUACAAUUGAAUCAGAUCCUUUAGAGGAUGUAGAGGAUUUGAGAAAAUCGAAAGAUAAAAAGAAAAAAGCAAAAGAUGAAAGCAGUGAUGAUGAUCUUCAAAAUGAUGAGGAUGAUUCACAAUAUGAGGUUGAAAAAAUCAUAGAAGAAAAAAUUAUUAGAGGUAUACGCCAUUACCUAAUUAGAUGGAAAGGAUAUGAAGAAGAAAGUGAUACAUGGGAACCUGAAGAUACAUUAAAUUGUCCUGAUAUUAUUGCAGAUUUUAAAGAAAAUAAGAAAAAAACUAAAGGCAAAAAAGAUAAGCAUUCAAAGAAAGUCACGAAAGGUGAAUCAGCAGAUUGGGAUGAAAAUGAAGAUUUUGAGGUUGAAAGAAUUCUUGAGGUACACCAUAGAAGAGAUGGUAAAAGAGAAUUUUUAGUGUCCUGGAAAGGGUACUCUGCAAAAGAUAAUUCUUGGGAACCAGAAGAAAAUAUGAAUUGCAAAGAUUUGAUUGACAAGUUUAUGGCGAAAGUUGAAGUAGCAAAAAGUUUUGAAGAAAAGGAUUUGCGAUUAAAUAGAAAACGUGUUCAACGACUGACUUACAAUACACCUGAAACUAAGCGGCGUCUUAGCAAAAGGAUGAGUGGCAAAGAGAGGUAUUUUUUGAUUGAUUUGAUUUACUUUGGAUAACAUUCUUUGUUUAAUAACAUAGAUCCAAUAAUUAACUAGUGUUGUCAAGUGAUAAAAAGAGUACAUGUACAUCACUUAUUUGAAUCUGGAUUAUUAAGAUUACAUGGCGUUUCCAUUUGAAUAAAUAAUCUAACCAACUUAGCAAAGGUAAUCUCAAUUUUUUUUACUGCAGUUGGUCUAAUGUCUACAACAAAGCAUGUAUCUGGGGUGGGUGGCUAGUGGCUAAUAAAUAAAUAAAUUCAUGUUUUACUACAAUUGCCUCAUAGUUGAUACAAUAAAACUGGUCAUGUACAAAUAAUGUGAAAUAGAAAUGCAUAAUUGAUGUUCAUAAUUAUGGUCUGAUCUUUUUUGUUUGCAACUGAACAUCUUCAUAAUGAUCAUAAACAUUUUUUCCUUUAUUAGCAAUAAAAACAUACAGUUCUUUAAGCUAAUAAGAGUAUAUAAGCUCUUCUAAGGCAUGAUGAGGUCUUCUCCAGCGACAAGUCCUCUCUGCCCAUUUUGUAGGUCUUCUAGUCAAUUUUUCUUAAUCUUGUAGUUGGGCUGAUAUAAUAACUUGUUUUUGAGUGUUGAUUUGGAUUUUCUACCAAUUGGCCAGUGUAACUGUUACUUUCAGUUACUUACAUUUGUUUGCUUUCUUUAAGGAUAUGGUCUUUCCAUGUGAGGUGCAUGCCUAAGUAUUUCAUGUUACUGGCUUGAGGUAUUUGUACAUUGUUUAUAUAAACAGGAGGACACUGGUCUUUCUUAGAGUGAAGGUCAUUUGAACUGAUUUUGUUUUGUUUGUAUUGAUGGUAGAUCUGCCCUGUAAUUCUUUUUUCUUUUAUCUAUUUGACACUGUUUCGAGGAUUUUAAAAUAUGUAUUUAUGUCAGUUCGUAUAUUUUUUCCUAUUUCAUAAUUCAUUAUAGCAGUUUUUAAACUAAAAUAUUUUUCAGGGUUCAGUAUCAUGACGCAGAUGAAUAAAACUAAAGCUACCUAUGAGUAAGUUAAGAUAAUAUUUUAGAAAUAUAAUAUAUUAUAACAUAUGUUUAAUUUUAUAAUUCAAAAUUCAAAUACACAAAAAUAAUUUGUGAAAUUCUCUUAAUGGUUUAUUUAGAUGUAGAUAACACAGUGUUUAUUUUAUUUGUGUUUAUAAGUUUGCAGAGUAUAAAUUUUGUUUUAAAUUUGUCCAAUAAAAAUAUCAAUCCAAA